AUGACAACCAACAUAGAUCUUUCAGAUCAAAUUGAGAACAUCAAAAACAAACUUGACUCAGUGGGAUACGAUCUACCAACAUCUGUCGAGGAGUGCAAGAAAGCCCAAAGGCAGGCUACCAAAGACUUCACCACAGCCAUGAAAGAAGAAUUGAAGAACAAGCCUCUUCGGAAAGCACACCUAAAACAGCUGAUCAAGGAUGCACGUGAAAAGGGAGACAAAAAGUUAGUCAAAGCUCUAAAACACAUCCAGAGAGCAGAGGAUUCCAACACAAUAUUCGACAAGCUUCGAAUCAUCCGGAACAAGAUCCCGUCUGGUGGCCUCAAGCAUCUCCUAGUCCCCGAAAACCCCAACGAAAAUCCCAAGGAGUGUCAACACUGGAGGCAAGUGGAUGUCCAGAAGAAAUUGAGGCACUUUUACAAGAGCGCAACCGACAACACUUUGGACAAUCAAAAAAUUGAAUCUGACGAAUCCUCCAACUGA